AUGCCCUACAUUUCUAAGGUGGAAGCGAACACAACAUACGUUCGCUCUAGCCCCCCCACCCCCAGCCACACCCCCGAAGGAAGUGACGUGAGGUUUAUUUCCAAUUUGUUUCUUCCUCUGCUUUUACUGACCUGCUUUUCACACAUUUCAGUGUCAGGAGGUCGUAGUCGCCUCCACCUGCUGGACCUGGGGAGCUGUGAUGCUAAAGCCCUGGGAGGAGGCGGCGGCGGGAAAAGCAGAGAAAGCUCUUCACCAAGCUCAGCUCCUCUGUGCCUUUCCCUGUCCGCCCUCGGGAACGUGAUUCUGGCCCUGGUCAACGGCAGCAAACACAUUCCCUACAAGGACAGCAAGCUGACCAUGUUGCUAAGGGAGUCGCUAGGCAACAUGAACUGCAGGACCACCAUGAUUGCUCACAUCUCCGCCUCGCCGAGAGAUUUCUCCGAAACCCUCUCCACCAUCCAGAUUGCUUCACGCGUCCUCCGCAUGAAAAAGAAGAAAACUAAAGUAACUGUGCAGUAUACGUCGAGUUCCUCUGGAGGAGAAAGCUCCUGUGAGGAGGGUCGUAUGCGUCGUCCAACCCACCUGCGACCUUUCCAUCACCGAGGCGACGCCGACUCCGAACUGCCGCUGCUGAGGCUAUCCAGCGACCCGGACGAGUACUCCAGCAGUGAGCAGUCCUGCGACACGGUGAUCUACGUGGGCCCAAACGGGGCGGCGGUGUCGGACAGAGAGCUGACGGACAACGAGGGGCCGCCGGAGUUUGUCCCGAUUGUCCCAGCUUUGCUCCGCGGAAAAACACCUGAGCAGCAUCAGAUACAAGGGCAAGGUCCACCAACUGGAGUCCAGAACAAGGCUCAGACAGACGACCAGACCAGUGGCCCAGUGCCGCCGCAGCCCUCCCAGUCACUGGUUGGUCAACCAUUGGCUCCAGUUCCAGAGGAAGGAGCCGAAUGUCUCAAAUGCAACACCUUCGCUGAGCUGCAGGAGAGACUGGACUGCAUAGACGGCAGUGAAGAGGUGGCAAAAUUUCCCUUUGAAGAAAUUCCCGCAAGCAAACCAUGUGCCAAGCAGGAGUCGUGUCCUUCCUCGUCUGCUCCAGGCUCUGCAGAUGGGCUGGAUGCCGAGCCCAAAACAGCAGCCUCUAGGAGGAGAAGCAAUGACCAGCAGCUUCAAGAGAUCAAGGAGGUGGUGGAGGAGGCAGAGCUCGCCCAAACAAUGAUCCACAGUUUAGCUCAGGCCACUGGAUGCCCCCUGGUUACCAGUACCAGGAGCAUAACUGGGAGCAGCAGCAUCGUCACCUCCAAUCCCUUACACAAAGCCAAGAACUCCCAGCUACAUGACAGCCGUGAGAAUCUGAAUGCGGUUGGCAAUAUUGAGGGGAAGGCUCGUCCUCUUGGGUCGCCGCGCUUGGGCAUCGCAAGCCUGACAAAAACCUCAGACUACAGGCCUCCAUCUUCCCCAUCACAGCGAUGUAAGGUGUACACUCAGAAGGGUGUAAUGCCAUCAACACCCCCACCGUCCUCACACAGCCUGGCUCAGGACGGCCAGGCCACUGAGGCUUUGACCUCCGACAACAGUUUGGCUGCAGACAGUGGCCGCUCCUCCACAGAGUCGCUGCUGUCCAGGACUUCUCCUGCAGGGAUGAGCCCACAAGUCCGAGAGCCAACCGCAUCCCUCUCUGCCAGCCUGGGUUCAGCUGAGACACUCUGCGAUGACGACGUCCCACCGAUACCUCUGGACACACAUAAAGAUGCUGCAGCAGCAUCUGUAGGAGGAAGUGGGAUUCUUCUCCCUGGGGAGGAUGAUGUAGUUUACACCACGGCCUGCAGAGAUGAAGAGGACAUUGUUGCUACAGGUCUUGUUGAAGACCGGAGCUUGGUCUGUCGUCCAGUGAGCAUCAUCAGCUUUAACAGUGACUGUGGCUCUGAAGCUGCCUUCGCUUUAGAACCUCAACCCAUCGGCAUUAGCGGUGACGCUGCUUUAGAUGGAGCAAUGGAAAGUUACCACCUGUCUUCAGGAAUUGCAGCAAACACAGGGGUUAAGGAUGUGGUGGCAAUGGCAGAGGUGGCGAUGGCCAAGUUGCGGACUGGCGAAACUUUAGCCACAGGGAUGUCAAACUCCGGAUCACCCAUGUCCUCUUGGAUGAGCGAUCUCAGCAUGUGCAGCGAAGCAGAUCAGUCUCUGCACAGCUUCAGCCAGUCUCAGAGUCAGCAAGGGGAGGCACUGGCUGAUUCUGAAGCCAGGCAAAGCUUUGAAGUUGAGAUUUUGGAUGGAUGUGGGAGCGGGGGAAGCUCAAGAAGAGGCAGUCUGGAAGGAGAGCUGGUUCUGUCAGAGAAGGCGUCGGAUAAAGGGACUCCAAACAGAGACAGGCAGAGAAAACUGCCACCAUCUAUGGCGAAAACUAACAUUCAGAUUCUGCCUGGGCCUGGAAAUGUUUCCCCUUUCAAGACUACAAUAAGUGUUCACCCUUGCAUGGUUGUCAAACCCAUGAUUAUACAUGAGCCCACAAUCUUCUCCUCCCCAAUAAAGACGGCUUUAAUGAAAGACACAGGGAAAGCUAAAGCUGAAAUUUUAGCCUCCAUCUCCAGUGAGAUCAACUUUGAAGACCCUUGGUUGAAACGUGGAAUGGAGGAAGGAAGGCCUAGAGAACUUAUCUGUGAAGUGAAGCCAGAAAAAAGGGAAGUAGAGCCUUUAAAGAGCCAUGGAAGGGACUUUUGCAAGGACGGUGGGGAUCACAGUAGCUCUGGAUCAGGCGGUGAAGUGGUUUCCUCUCUAGACUCCUUCAAGAGAGUCGUGGACGGUUGCGAGAUGAUCACUGUUGCUGUCCAAGGGGAAUGUUUGACUGGUAUCUGCAGCCCAGAUAUCCACCGCACAGCGAGUCUUCCCCGCGGCUGGCACCGACUCAACCACCACGAUGGCUUAGAAAGUGGAACAGAGUACCGCAACCUUGGAGUCACCAAUUCAACACCCUGCAGUCCCCGUGCCACACUUGAACGCUUAGGAUCCAAAGGAAAACAGGGAUUGUUCUCCCACAAGAAGGGAGGAAUCCCACCUCUUCCACCAGUACGAAAGUCCAGCCUUGACCAGAGAAACAGGGCAGCCAGUCCUCUCCCCCAACCCACUCAUGGUGUGUCAUCACUAAGCAGCUCUACAGAUAAUUCAGGGAUCACCAGACAGCGCGGUUCCAGCAUCGACAGUAGCAGACUCUUCAGUGCCAAGUUAGAACAACUGGCCAACCGAACAAACUCCCUUGGCAGAGUCCACGGCUCGCACAGUGGCUCCCACCACUAUGACUGCUUUUCCCUGGAGAGAGGUGAGAGCCUUAGGGGGGCAGGAGGAGUCAGAGGGGACUCCACCAUGCCUCGCACUGGUCGCAGCAUCACCCGGACCGGCUCAGUAUCGUCGCCCAUUGGGAACCCCAGCAGUCCCAGUUUCAGUGGAGGCAGUAGUCCAAACAGUGCUCCACAGUCACCAGCCAAGAGCAGUGGCCAGUCAAAGAUCUCGGCAGUCAGUAAAUUGCUUAUGACCAGCGGUCCUAAAUCUAGGAGUCUCUCUGCAUCCAGCACCAAGACUCUGAGCUUCUCCACCAAGUCUUUAACCCAGACUAGCAGCCGCAGCUCCAGCCUCCCCCCGAAUGGAAAGAACUCAGUCCAGGCCCCCGUUCAGCAGCAGCAGCAAGGAUCUGCCCCUGGAUCGUGGUCGACCCAGUCCCUGAGCCGCAGUAGGGGGGGAAGUCUAACAGCCAAACUGCCUCUGCGGGCAGUCAACAGCAGAAUCUCAGAGCUCCUCCAGGGAAGUGCAGGAUCCCGCUCUAGGGGCCACGUCCAGGGAGGAAGCACAGAUCGAGCCGAGGAAAAAGGACCUGCAGCAGCAGUGAGUGGAGGUGGAGCAUGUGGCGAUAACCUGGGAGAGGAGAGGGCAGCUGUGGUGCAAACACUCCCCUCUCCUUACAGCAAAAUCACAGCCCCGAGGAAACCGCACCGCUGCAGCAGCGGCCAUGCAAGUGACAACAGCAGUGUACUGAGUGGAGAACUGCCCCCAGCUAUGGGGAAAACUGCCCUGUUUUACCACAGCGGAGGCAGCAGUGGUUACGAGAGCAUGCUAAGAGACAGUAGUGAGAACACAGGAAGCACUUCCUCGGCUCCAGACUCACUCAGUGAGCACAGCUCAGCCACCACCUCCUCCCGACGGAGCUCCAAGAGCAGCAAGAAGAGCAGGAGCAACUCAGGCCUCCAGCGGCGACGUCUGAUCCCAGCUCUGACCCUGGACUCCUCUUCUUCGUCACCUUCUCAGCGCUCCUCCAAACAAGCCAUCACCUCCUCCUCGUCCUCCUCCUCCAGCCCAGGUGCAUGCUGGGUGGACGGCCCACUGGGGCCUCCUGUGUCCUCAAACCACCGCGGUGUGGCUGCAUCCACAGAAACCAUUGAGAUCAAAGUGUACGAGAUCGACGAUGUGGAGCGACUGCAGAAGAGAAGGGACAAAGGAGGGAGCAAGGAGGGUGUGUUUGUCAGCGCCAGGCUGCGUGUGUUGGAGCACCGCCAGCAGCGAAUCAGUGAAGUCAGAGCCAAGUACCAGUGUCUGAAGAAAGAACUGGAGCAAACCAAACAGCACUUGAUGCUAGAGCCACACAAAUGGACAGCUGAGUUCGAACUGCAGCAGCCCUACGACGUGGACUCAGUAGAGUAUUUGGAGGCACUGGAAACGGUGACCAACAAACUGGAAACCAGAGUUAACUUCUGCAAAGCCCAUCUUAUGAUGAUUACCUGCUUUGAUGUGUCCUCAAGACACCGGUAGACAGAUGAGAGGCGCAGAAAGACCACAGUGAGAGAACAUUAUUCUAACAGUGGACAACAGGAGCGUAGGGACGGAGCAACCCGUUACUCAUGCAUCUCCCCUGGAUGGACAAAGGGACAGAUCAGAUGAACGAAUGGAGAGAUCUACAGUGAAAACUAGCAAACAUCAAGUUUUUGGUGUUUGAGUGAAACACUCAAAGAAGAGAAGGGGAUCGUAGAACGGCAGAUUACUGAAUGAAACAUCUAACACCACACACACCGAGUUAAGAAUGUACGGAGAAAAAGAAAACCGGACAACAAAAAUGCCACUUCUCAAAAAAACAACAAAGAAAAGGCGGAAGAAAAGAAAUCAGACAUGUAGUUCAUUUUCAUUUUUAAAAAAUAAAAAUAAACUACACUUAUGAUGAAUGUAAUUUACAGGUACAUUACUGAACUCGUACAUGAGGUUUAACGACAGAAAGAUGCUGAAUUGUAUCCCUGAGAGAAAGACAAGAGGAAAUGAUUAAGAUAAGUGCCUUGAGAACAUUUCUAACACCACCACGACCAAUUCUUUCUGAUUUUUUGUGUACAUGCCGUUGGUAUGGUGCUAGUGUAGAAAAAAAAAUUGAUGUCCUCGGAAAUUUUCAUUUUGCAAUUUCCUAGUGUGAUGUUUUUCUGUGGGUCGGUGUUUCCCAGUUCGAUUU